UUUCGCUCAAUUCGCUCCUACUCUCUCUCUCUCUCUCUCUCUCUCUCUGUGCCUGUAUACUAGUGCAGAAUCCAUGGGGGAUCAAGCAUCGAACCAAUCGAUAAUGGAGUCGAAGCCGCUGCACCCGCUCUGCCAGAUCGCACAGACCCCGACCCACAAGCUCCUCCUCAAGCAGUGGCUCAAGGAGGAGGAGCUCAUACUCUCCCGCAUCUCCCUCAAGGAGACCCAGAUCGACUCCGUCCGCAGCGACAUCACCCACCUCCACAUCUCCUUCUUCCUCUUCCACUCCCUCUCCCUCCUCCUCCUCUUCUCCAUCCCCCGGGGCGAGGGGGACGCCGCGUGCCGCCGGUCCUGGAUGCCCUCGCUGUGCUCGCUCGCCCUCUCGCUCGGCAUCGCCUGGGCCGUCAGGUACAAGACCGACGUGGAGGCCCACCUGGAGAAGUUGCUGGCGAGGGAGAAGGAGGACGCCAAGCUGCUGGGGAAGUGCGUGGAGGAGCUGAAGAAGAAGGGCGUCGAGUUCGAUCUGUUGAAGGAGGUCGACGCGCUGCGGAGGGCCAAGAGCCUGCGCGUGGAGGCUAAGCCGGUGAGGAAGUGGUCGGCGAGGGACUUCGUGACUCUGUUCUUCUUCGCCGUGUCGUGCCUUGUGCUGGGGUUGAUGAGGGUCAUACUUUGCGAUUAGGAAAUUUCUGCAGUGUCUUAGUAAGGUGUCCUUUAGUUUUUUUUUUUGGACGGGUCACACUUUGCCAAAUUUCGUUGGAAUUGGAUGUUGGGCAUAUGCAGAAUAUGCUAUUCUGCUUUUGUAAUAUGCAUUCAUAUGAGAAGUUGAAUAAGCAUUUACCCAGAUCCUUUCUUUU